UUUGAGAGGUGAUUCUCGAAAUGCUCCCGUAUACCCAUGAUACAGCAACACACAGAAAGAGCCGCACUCAGCAACGCAACCUCCCCAUUUCCCUUUCUGUCCAUGCGUUGUAGCGUUACCCAUGGAUUAGGAGUAAGUAGGCGCUUCCCUACCUACCCAGAUUGGGGCAGUCAUCCAUGCAAUGGACCAUGGGGUGGUUUGGAAGGCCAAGGGAAGCAAUUGAGAGUUGCACGAGGGACCCCUCUGUGCUCCAGGGAUGGAAAGACAUGUCAUGGCUUUGUUCGAGGUUGAGACAUUGAUCAAGAUGGGGUUCCAAUCUGUUGGUUGAUGGGAUGAUGGAACCCGACAUGGGAAUGAAUGGAAUGGAAUGUGGUGAAGUGGAAAGAAAGAUGGAAGGGGGACGAGAUUCAUUGAAUGAGAGGAGGAAGCCCGUUCUAGUGCACCAGCAGAGUAGUAUAUGCCAUACAUUCGUACCUCUACCAACCGAGGCCUUGGCAUAUGCGUUUAAUAUCUGGGCGGGGCAGCUGACGGUACACGCGCCCGCCGGCCAGAUGACAACCACCCACGUGCUGUCGCUUCCCUUCCGGAAGUCGACCCAGCUGUCACUGUCGCGCGCCAUCCAGCAGUACAUUUCCACCAAAUACGACCAACACCCGGACAUGUUCCGCCAUGACCUCGACACCAUCGAUGCUCUGCGCCGCGACGCCAUCAACGUCCGCGAAGCCCACCCGAGUGGCAUCCGGAAGCUCCAGAUGUACGCCGCCCAGCUCGUGUGGAUUGGCGGCAAGUUCCCCAUCGAUGUCGGCGCCGACUUCACCUGGUACCCGGCUCUGGGCUACCACACCGAACACCCGCUCGUCCAGAACAACCUCAAGUACGAGCUGAUGAACGUCCUCUACAACCUCGCCGCCCUCUACUCCCAGCUGGCCGUGGCCUCCAACCGCAACAGCACCGAAGGCCUCAAGACGGCCGCCAGCUGGUUCUCCCACGCCGCCGGCGUCCUCACCCACAUCAAGACCCAAGUCCUGCCCGAGCUGCGCAUGCCCAGCCCGCCCGACGACAUGGACGAAACCACCCUCGAGUCCCUCAUACAGCUCUUCCUCGCCGAGGCCCAAGAGUGCUACUGGCAGAAAGCCGUCAUGGACGGGUACAAAGACGCCUCCAUUGCCAAGCUAGCCGCCCGUGUAUCCGACCUCUACAACGAAGCCGGCGAGGCCGCCAUGCGCAGCGAGGCCAUCAGCUCGGCCUGGAUCCACCACAUGAGCGCCAAACACCACCAUUUCGCCGCCGCCGCCCAGUUCCGCGCCGCCAGCGAUUGUCUCGAACGCAAGAAAUACGGCGAAGAGAUUGCUCGGUUGCGGGACGCCCUCGCCUGUGUCAACGAAGGACUCAAAGAAACCCGGGGUGGCUACCUCAGCAAAGCCGUCGUCGAAGACCUGCAGGGCCUCAAGCGUCGCCUGGAAGAGGACCUCAAGCGCGCCGAGAUCGACAACGACCGCGUCUACCUGCACAUUGUGCCGCCCAAGACUGAGCUCAAGCGUCUCGACCGCGCCAACAUGGCCGUCGCCCGUGUGCCUCCCCAGGUGGCCAAGCCGUACGAGUUUCUGGGCGACCACAACGCCGAAUUUGGGCCGGCCUUGUUCACCAAGCUCGUCCCCUUUGCCGUACACGUGGCCGUUUCCAUAUACGAAGAGCGUCGCGACAGGCUGGUCAACAACUCCAUCAUCUCCGAGCUCGAGUCCAUGACAUCCCAACUUCACGAAAUUCUUUCCUCUCUCAACCUCCCCGGUUCCUUGCAAGCCCUUGAAAAGCCGCUCGGCCUUCCAGGCACCUUGGUCCAGCACGCCGACGAGAUACGCCAAGCCGACGCCCUCUACCGCCUGCAGCAAGGCUUGACGGACAUUGACAAGCUCUGCUCUUCGGACCUAGCCAUCUUCGAAGAAGGCCGGUCCCUCCUUCUUGCCGAAGAGGAGGAAGACUCUCGUCUCCGUCUAAAGUACGGUACCGAACGGUGGAACCGCCCGCAAUCUCGUCAGGAUCCGUCCCCCAAUGGCGGGGCUAAACUUUGGCGACAGGCCCAAGAUAUUGAAGGCUACUUUGGCUCUUCCACAGCCUCGGACCAAGUAGUCCGCGAGAAAUUCAACGCCGUGAGGGACACGCUCGCCAUUCUUGCUGGGUCGGAUCGAUCAAUCAUGGAUUUCAUCCCCAACUCGCGACGGACCGACAUCCCCGAGAGCUUGAAGCCGGCCCUAGGAAGGCUACGAAGCGCCUACAACGACGUGCAGCGUCUUGAGUCCCGCCGGCGCAAGCGCGUCGAAUCUUUGCGCGCUCGGUCUCGUGCAGAUGACAUCAAGCCUGACAUCCUCGUCGAAGCCGCUCGCUUAGAACGGGCGUACCCGACAACCGCCAUCGCAACCGCCCACUUUGAGGACUUCUUCGAGAAACGCCUCGACCGCCUAUACGAAUCAGAGCUGGAGGCCGUGGAAAGGGAUAAGCAAGAGCAGGAGAAGAUUGUACAGGAGGUGAAGAGGGCGAAUAAGGAGUUUGAGGCACAAAAGAGGCAGGUCGAUAGAGCCGGGGGAGGGAAUCGAGAGAGAGAAGAGGCGCUCCAGAAGCUGGAUGCGGCCUAUUACAAAUACAAGGAGAUUGUGAGCAACGUGGAGGUCGGGAGGAAGUUUUAUAACGAUCUGAGCCAGAUUGUAGAGCAGUGGAGGGGGUUGGUAAGGGGGUGGGUGAGCGAACGGAGGAGGGAUGCGAGGAGUCUUGAAGAGGAAAUCAACAUGCCCCCUCUGUCCUCCCUCAACAUGCAUCAAUCAUCAUUUUCGUAUCAACAACAACAGCAACAUCACCAACAACCACCACCGCCACCACCACAAAUUCCUUUCCCCGAACCCAUCCAACCUCAUCAGCCAAUAGUCGAACAAGCGCACAUCCAAAGCUGGGCCGACAACGUGCCACAACAACAGCCAAAGCCAGUAGCUCCUGGGGCGUGGGCACCAAACAUGGGGAUAAAAUUCGGAUCCCCUGUGGCCCAGGGGCAGCAGCAUCAACAAGAGCAGGGGCAACCAGGACCGGUAAACGCUACAUGGGAUCCAUCUCAAGGGAUCCGGGCGGGCAGGACAGGAGACAGACUGGCCAAAGUCCCUACCGUCCGCGACUGGAAGUCUUUGGCAACCUUCGGUGCAAACCUACCUCUAGAAAAGGAUCGAGUGACGGAAGUCACCACUCAACCAACCGCCAAUAUGUGCUACGAAGAAGAAGUCGUCCGCGAAGUCGUCACCGCUGCCUCCAGCAAGGACAAAGACAAGGACAACAGCAACACAUACACCAUCAAGGUUUUAGUCAAGAAGUGGAACGAUUGCGGCUCCAAAAGUUGCCCCCAGUCGACGUCUUACGAGCCACAUGCACUUGCCUCCAACAGCUCGUCCACCAGCUCGGAUACCAAGAAGAAGUAG